CAAAAACUUGUGUUUAUAACUUUGUAGGAUUUAUUCAUUCUUCGUGCGAAAAUAAGUUGAUUUGAAAGUUAGAGUGAGUGCAAAAUUACAGUGGUAAUAAUGUGAUAAGUAAUUUUUUAAUUUAACGAGGUGGUAAAAACAUGAAAUGUCUACUUUAAAUGAUAUUUCAUGUUAUAAUGUAAAAACACUUUAAACUUGAAAAGUUAGGUUAUCCUGUUAAUUCUGUACGUUCUGAACAUUUUUGUGUUAUUAUUUACCGGCCAUAGUUACAAUUAUUAAGGUAUCUACAAACAGCCGGGUAAUAACCAAGGAACUUGUUAAAGGACCAGUCAUUGACUUUUGAUACAAGACGGGGACGAAAAAUACGACGCGUUUCUCUUUCUCAGGAGCCCUCAAGGACGUCGAAACGUCGGAUUUAGGAUACCCCAUGUUUUUUCAAGUUCUAUUUGCAAUUACCCGACUUGGACGAUCACCUAGAAAAAAAAUCUAUUCCGUUUCGAUUUCGUCAUCCGCGAAUUUGUGAAUUUGUGGAGAGUGCGCGUUCCGAAAACAAUUGUGAUUUUUAUUCGCCUUAAUUGAGUCUUAGUUUGGAUUACUUUUCAGUUAAUGGUGUUUAUUUCAAGUGCUAUAAAAUGAAUAACGCCGCUAGAACUAAUCUACGAAAGUUAUCUUUCUUGGGAUUCGCAUCAAAGAAUGAUGGAACAAGCCACGAUGCAGACGUACAACUCGACGAAGAAUGUGCAAAAGUGUUUGCUAUGGACAUUGACAACAGUGCCGGUUUCGACAUACAUAAAUUCCAUGAUCCUGUCAAUGCAGGCAUACCAAGGCAAUAUGGGGAAAAAGAUUACAUCCAACACCGAAAGAAGAGUUACCCGCACAUGCACACGCCUAUCAAAAUCGGCUCAAAGUCGAUGAGACGUCGUACAUCUUCGCAUCAAAUCACUCCUAAUUCUACGCCUCCUUAUGGAACAUCCCCCAAAGAAUCCAUCGCAUCCCCCGUUUCCACCUCCGACCAGCCGUCAGCUCCCACACACACCCCCGUUCCUAGCAUCAAGUCUCCCAACGUAGACUCGGAUACGGGUCCGCUCAGCUCUUUUACUUUGGCAGAAGAAUCUGACACAGCUGCCAACAGUUCCGAGUCGGAAUGCGUUCUGUCCGAACCCUGUGGCUAUAGAAGCCCUAAUGAAUUUUCGCCAGAAAGAAAAGUACAAUUUAUCAACAGUGAAACAAGGGAUACUUUCGACGUCGAUGGACUUAAAGACAAAAAGAAAAGACGCCAUCACCAUGGACAUCAUCCAAAAUUUCGUAAAUAUUCAUUGCCCGACGAUCCUGGCCCCAGAAAGCGUCACCAUCACGACAAAGGUGAUGUUUCCGGAAGUCACAGGGGUCGUAGAAUUUCCACGCAACCGGAAGAUUUACCACUUAUUGCGGCAGAUAGGGAUCAACUGGAUAGUCAUAGAUCUGACGAUGCUCGCGGCCUCCGAAGGCAUAAAACUUCACGACCUAGCAAUGCAUCAAUGGUCCACAUUGGGCGGAAAGAAGGAGGCGAAUUACACCCAUCCAUCAAAAAGAUGUACGAUCACAGCCCCCACGCUAUAUUCGUUGAAUUGGAUGAAUUGUUCGCCACGAACGAAGAGAGGGAAUGGAAAGAAACGGCUCGUUGGAUCAAGUACGAAGAAGAUGUGGAAGAAGGAGUUGACCGAUGGGGAAAGCCGCACGUUGCUUCCUUGAGUUUUCACUCUUUGUUAAAUUUGAGGAAGUGUUUAGAAGAUGGGGUUGUUCUUCUUGACAUGGAAGAGCACGAGUUGCCAGCCAUUGCGUAUAGGAUUUCUGAAGAAAUGUACAAAGAAGACCUCAUCAUAGAGGAAGACAAGUCGAAGAUUAUGAGAGCGUUGUUGUUGCGACAUAGACAUGUUAAUGAACACCAUGAUCGGAGUUUUAAAUUUUCCAAGAAGUAUAGUUAUACCUCGUUGCAGUCGCUGUGGCUGGAAGAUGGCGUAAGCUACGAAGCGCUGAUGAUGGCCCGCUGCUCCGUGUGUUCAUUACAGGGACAGCUGUGUGCCCCGCACGCUAUGACUCGCGGUCCUUCUUAUCCACACAAUCUCCACGAUGCCGAAAAAAGGAAGAUAAGCCACGCCGCCGACGCUUACAAAAACGGUGGCCAAGGGACAAACGACGCUGGCAGCCGUCUGGUGAGUCCAGACGCGCAAACUGUCGUCGACAUAAAGGAGGAGACGUAUUCUGCCAGCUCAGAUGACGUGCGAAAAGCACGCAACGACGCCAUUCUGAAGAGGAUUCCUCCGGGGGCCCAAAGUUCAAGCAUCCUUGUCGGAGAAGUUGAUUUCCUGGAACAGCCCGCGAUGGCAUUCGUGAGGCUCGCUGAGGGAGUCGUGAUUCCCUCCCUUAUUGAAGUCAACAUACCUGUGAGAUUUAUCUUCAUUCUUCUGGGACCCAAGAAAGCCAAUUUAGACUAUCACGAAGUGGGCAGAUCGAUUUCGACUCUGAUGGCCAAUCAACAGUUCCACAACAUCGCCUACGGGGCAAGCAACCGUAAAGCCCUGCUUUCGGCUAUCAAUGAGUUUUUAGAUGACAGUAUCGUGCUUCCGCCGGGCGACUGGGAGCGGCAGGCCUUGCUCCCGAUUGAAGAAAUAAAGGCCAAGAGCGAGGAGAUCAGAAGAAGAAAGGAAAACGCGCUGAAGUCGGUCGCAGAAGCGCAAGGAGUUACGAAAGCUAUCUUGGCCGGUGACGAUGAGAAGAAACCGCCCUUUCCUAACCCCCUGGAGCGGACUCGGAAGCCGUGGGGCGGCCUCUUUAACGAUUUGAAACGCAGAUAUCCGUAUUAUAAGAGUGACAUUACGGAUGGACUUAACGCUCAAUGUUUGGCGGCUUCAAUUUUUAUGUAUUUCGCGGCGGUGUCAGGCGCUAUAGCCUUCGGUGGCCUCAUGGGAGCGAAGACCGACGGUUUCAUGGGCAUAUCUGAGACUUUAGUGUGUACUUGCGUCGCAGGAGUGAUUUUCGCACUAUUUUCCGGCCAACCUCUUGUGAUUGUGGGUAGUACUGGGGCACUACUCCUGUUUGAUGAAAGUUUAUAUCAAUUUUGUAAAGCGAAUGACAUAGAGUCUCUAUUUUUAUCAACACGUGUGUACGUCGGACUCUGGUUAGGCGUAAUAGGAUUAGUUGUUGCCUGUUUAGAAGGAAGCGUUUUGGUGAAAUUAUUCACUCGUUUCACAGAAGACAUUUUCUCGGCGCUCAUUGUUUUACUUUACAUAAUUGAAAGUAUUAUGAAACUGUUUUUAGAGUACGGUAGACAUCCACUUUUAGCAGAUUACUGUAAAUCGGAAUACCCUUACGCCACAAACAAAUCAUAUCCUGAAUAUCUCCGCGUAGAUAACGUUUCAGUAAAUGACACAAUCGGUAUAAAAAAUACGGCGAAUACGAUUUCGUUUCCUGUGACGUCGAUUAAGAAGCUACCCACGCCGCACGAUAACUUUGGACCAAUCAAUCAACCCAACACAGCUUUAUUUUGUACUAUUUUGACGCUAGGGACCUUCGCAAUUGCUUACUAUUUGAAGAUGUUUCGGAAUAGCCAGUUCCUAGGGAGGAGUGCAAGACGUGCGCUGGGCGAUUUUGGUGUCCCAAUAGCGAUAAUAACAAUGGUUUUUGUCGACUACAUGAUUCCACAAACGUAUACGGAAAAACUGAACGUGCCUGAAGGCCUCUCCCCAACAAGAUCCGAAAAGAGAGGGUGGCUCAUACCACCUAGUAGUACUACAGAUCCUGUGCCCGUGUGGAUCAUGUUCGCCGCAGCAGUGCCAGCAAUGCUUGUCUACAUUCUUCUGUUUAUGGAAACUCACAUUGCUGAAUUGAUUAUCGACAAAAAGGAAAGAAAACUGAAAAAAGGGAGUGGUUUUCAUUUGGAUAUAGUACUUAUAUGUUUGAUUAAUAUCCUGUGUGGAUUUUUCGGCCUUCCGUGGAUAUGUGCGGCCACUGUACGUUCAAUUGCUCAUACUUCUGCUUUAACUGUCAUGUCAAGAACUCAUGCUCCCGGUGAAAAACCCCAUCUGAUAGAAGUCAAAGAACAAAGAAUUUCGGCUUUGACGGUUUCUAUAUUGAUAGGACUUUCUGUACUGAUGUCUCCGUUGUUGCAAUGCGUUCCAAUGGCUGUACUUCUUGGGGUUUUUCUGUAUAUGGGUGUGGCUUCCAUUGAUGGGAUUCAGUUCUUCGAUCGUAUCAAGCUUUUGUUUAUGCCCGUAAAACAUCAUCCCCAGGCUUCCUACGUGAGAAAGGUUAAAACUGCGAAAAUGCAUUUAUUCACGUUUAUUCAGCUGUUGUGUUUGGUUGUGUUAUGGAUAGUAAAAUCAACUGAAGCUUCUCUGGCAUUCCCCUUCUUUUUAAUACUGAUGGUCCCACUAAGAAGUUAUUUGGAUCGCAUAUUUUCACCUAGAGAACUGAGAGCGCUUGAUGGAGACCAACCGGAUGCCGAUGACGACGAACCUGACUUCUAUGCGGAGGCACCACUUCCGGGAUAGGAACUUAGUUACUUAAUGAGUACAUUUCCUUUACUUAAGGUAUACUUCCUAUAUCGAACGAUAAGGAAAAAGUAUUUCGCAUUUUUUUUUGUGAUGUUUUUUGUCCAGAGGCUAUUCUAUGCAGUUACAUGCGAUACUUAAUCUGAUAAUUUUAGUUUGUGUGGUAUUUUGUUAAUGGGCUUUAAAGUCUACUUAUUAAUAGUAUAGGAUAAUAAAUUAUUUUCUUAUAAGCGGAUGGUCUAAAAGGCAGAAAAUUUGUGUAUGACAACAACUCGUGACAAUUUUACAACAGUAUUAAUAACUAAUUAUUCUGUCUAUAUUUUUGAAAUAAUUUACAAUCCUUCUUAUAUCUGCAUGCAUAUGCAAAAUUCAGCACGCGUUCGUAUAGUAUAUCCUAUUUAAAUAGACUAAUACUAAGACAGAUAUAUUUAGAAGGAAAAAUGUUACAAGACUAUUGAAUUACUAUGUUAAUUAAUUCUUGUUGCACUCGUAUUAUAAAAUGGAUGCUUUCUUUCUUAUUGUUUAUGUUUGUUAAUUAUUUGUAGACAUUUUUAUCACAACUUUGUUUAUUUAUGUUGAACUUUAUUUUGUAUUCUUUGAGAAAAAAUCAACAACACAGUUUGUAGAUAAAGAAAAAUUAGCUAGAUAUUCACUACAUUGUAGAACUUAUUAUUUAGUAACAAUCGUGUUGGAUAUUUCCAAGUCUUUUUCCAGAUUUUUAGAAAUAAAUAUUGUAAAGUGGUUUAGUUAGGUAUUACUAGAAGACUGUGAUUGGAAUAUGGCUCACUAUGGUGCGGAAUGAUAAAUUAGUUGCCUUUGUAGUUUUUAAAUUUAUUAGUUACAUCGAAAUUUAGGCUUCUUCUAUACAUUAAGUAGAGACAACCGUACAAACAUUAUCAGGGUGACUACAUGAUACAUCAAAUUAAUUUUGGGCCAACUUGUAAAAUAAGAGUAAAACCGAAACGUAAUAAAACCGAAAGGAGGUACUUUUACUGUCGGGAAUAAAUGGAAGAAAAUAAUACUACAUUUCAUAAAUUCAUAGCGAUGCUCAGUCAAAAGCGUGUCAUAUGCGCAGAAAAACAUUUUAUUGCAUUUUAACUUUCAACAAAGCCUAAAUAAAGAAUUGCAAAAUUCUAAUUAAUUUUCAGAUGUGACUUCAUUUUCGAAACCUUUGUUUCUCGUUGACUUUGUUGUGUAGAUAAUCGAAAUAAAUCAAAAAUGUAUUAUGUUGUCAGCCUUAUCGAUCAAAAGGUAACAAAUUGUGGUUGAUAACUUACGAGUUUACGAUUCGUUGAUUGUAAGAUGUUUAAGCAACUUAAAUACAGUAUUUUCCGAGAUUAACUUUAACAAAAUUUUCAGAUUCUGUAGAUUAGAUUACAGAACAGAACUUAAUUGAAUAGUAUUUCUAACUGUGAUUAAAAAUGUCUAUUCUAUUUCUAUAAAUGAAUAAAUAAAGAUUAGACUGCA